UGCCGAGGGCUGAUCGGUUACAAGGGUGAAUUGGAGAGCUCCUUACUGUGCAAAUGUACCGAAUAUCACUGUAUUCCUUCUACACAAAUGAUACUAUCUAAUUCAACAUCUCAACGACGCCACUCAUCCGAUAGAGGCAAUAGCCCUGCUAGUAAAGAAACCCACACCUUCCCUCCGGAUGAGACCCCUCAUCACCCGCGCCCUCCGGCGCACACUCCACACAUCCCCCGCUGCAGGAAGCCGUGCCCCAAAGACGCCACCCCCACCGGCGUCCGCAGACACAAACACCUACACCACGCCCACAUCUACACCCACACCCGCAAACCGCAGCUUCCCCGCCCUCUUCGUCCGCGGCGGAACCUCCAACGGCCUAAUAAUCCAACGCCAGCACCUCCCCCCACAGACGCAAUGGCCGUCCAUCCUAGCCCCGGCAAUGGGUUCCCCGGACCCCUACGGGCGGCAACUCAACGGGAUCGGCGGCGGCGUAAGUUCCACGUCUAAGAUCUGCGUGAUAUCGCCGUCUUCACGCGCAGACGCCGACAUCGACUUUACCUUUGUACAAGUAGUGAUCCAGUCCGGAGCGCUGGAUUUAGCCGGGAACUGCGGGAAUAUGUCUGCGGCAGUUGGACCGGUGGCCUGGGAUUUAGGGCUCGUCAAGCCUCCCCUUACCGACACAGUCGCUGAGCAGGAACGGGAGGGGAAGGGGAAGGGGGAGAGGGAAAGGGAAGCACUCGUCCGCAUCUUCAACACCAACACCAGCAAACUAAUCCACUCCACCUUCCCGCUCACCCCCUCCUCCCCCUCCUCCCCCUCCUCCCCGCCCAAAUACCAACCCCACGGCACAUACGCCAUAGCCGGGGUCCCAGGAACCCAAUCCCUUAUCAAACUAAGUUUCCUCGACCCAGCCGGCGCCAAGACCGGGGCCGCGCUGCCAACCGGAAACGCAAUCGACACGCUAACCCUGUCUGACGGAAGCCAGGUCGAGGCUUCGCUCGUCGAUAUCUCGAACCCGGGAGUCUUCAUACGGGUGCGCGAUCUCGGGUCCGAGUUUCGAGACGCGGACCCAACGACAUUAACACCACAAGUCGUAGAAGCGGACGCGGCGCUGAAGGGGCGGUUAGAAGCGAUCCGGCGAGCGGGCGCGGUGGCGAUGGGGCUGGACCCGACGACGGAAAGCGUGCCGAAGAUCGUGCUGCUAUUCCCUUCUCCCGAGUCCGCGGACACAGAUGUGGAUCUGCGAUGUCUCGCGUUAUCGAUGGGACAGGCGCAUAAGGCAGUGCCGUUAACACUAGCCCUGUGUCUAGGCGCCGCGGCGAACAUACCGGGGACGUUGCCGGCGCAGGUUCGGGGUGCAAAGGGUGGGGAUGAGGGCAGGCCGGUGGUUAUUGGACACCCGAGCGGGACGGUCGAGAUCGGGGCGACGUUUAAGGAUGGUCGAAUCGUGUCAGCGGAUCUUUUGCGUACCGCUCGCGUUCUUAUGAAGGGGGAUGUCUAUUAUUAAUACAGUCGAUAGGUAUCGAAUGAAGCCAAGAUCUUUUACAGAAUCAUGCACAUAUUUAUUUAUGAAAAUCAAGAGAUACCAAUAUACAAUUAUUCACA